AAAUAGCAAAAGCGGACCUAGCUACCCUAGCGUAACAUGGGUCUCUCCAUCCACCAGCUAGGGUUUCUAUGUCCGAGCCGAGUCAAAAUGAGGCUAUAUCCCUGUUCACCCAAAAAUAAGUCUCUAAUACAAGAACAGGAAAAAGUGAGGGGAACCUUGUAAUUAAGAACAAAAACAGAGUUGAUACUAUCACCUUGCACAUGUGUGCUUCAAACCCAUCUCUUAUGCCCACCACCGACGCAUAAACCAAUACAUUCAAACCAGCCCUAAGUUCUAAUCCUCCACCUCUAACCCUCAAUGGCACUAUCAAUAAAACGAUCACGUUUUUUCUACCCACGACGCCCAAGCUUAAGUCAAUCCGAAUCAUCAGCAUCCCAACCGGCAGAAGCAUCACCAUCACCCACAAUAUCAUUGCAAGCCCCGAAACAAUCCUCUUCAGCAACCGAACAAGUAGCCGAGCUCCUCAAAAUAACAAAGCAUAUCCGCACACAGCUCCAGGAAGCCCAACGUCUGCGAAAGCUCAAAGCCCCGCUUUUAGAUUCCGCCGAGGAGACCUGGAUAAACUCAACGAUCUCCGACGUCACGGAAGCAGCUCACGAUAUAGCCGUGCUCUUAGAGCCGACCCGCAUAGAGCAGGAGAUCAGCAAUGGGAGGAUCAGUCUGCGGAGACAAUUGUGUUGGAAAUAUCGGGAUGGUCAGCGCACGAUUAACAAAUGUCAGCGCUUGCUGGCGUGUCACCGUAGCCUGAUCGGAGUUUUGAGUUAUCUCCAGCAGGUGGAUCAUUCUCUGUCCACGCCUCGGAGGACAUAUGAGCUUGAUGCUGGGAUAUCUUCGAGUGUUUCUCUUGAGGUGGGAGAGUUGGAGGCCACACCUACUGAGCCAGUUCAGGGCAAGAUCAUGGCUCCUAGUGGAGACGGAUUGGAGUACCAUGUUGAGAGGCCGAUUGAAGAGAUAAUCAUGGUUUCUGGUGCCACGAAGCUGGAAUCAAUCGAGGGCAAACCCGCUAAGAAGGGUACACUGACUCCUGGUACUGUGAACUGCGAGAUAGACGAUUUGCUGGCUUGGCGUCGGUCGAGAGGGUCCAUUGCUGAAACUAAGCGGUCUUUGAUAUUUCUGUUUCGCUCUCCUUCUCUUUUUUUUCAAAAAAAACUUUUCUUUUUUCUUUUGUGUGUGUAUAACCGGCUUUCGUUGCAGCGAAUUUGGGUUUGUAAAACGUCACAGAAUAACUAACGAUCCUAGUUUCCUCGAAUCAUUGCCAACAAUUCGUCGCAAGAUAAAAUAACUCAUCACGAAAUAUCACGUAUACAAAUUUCAGACAGAGUACAAUAUGCAUCAGCGAGCCUACCAAUCCGUGAGGAAAGUUCGUCUUAAAUCCGAGCAACAGUUCGCUCCACCAACGUCUGACGCGCCAACAACCGCUGACCCAACUCAUCGGACACCUUCACCACCGCCGGAAGUAUGAUAGUCUGGCCCGGUGGGGUUGAGCUCGUAUCCCAGCAAAAGGUAUAGGUGCACGGUUGAGAGAACAGCCAAGCUCCAAGGUCGGACGCUGCUCUAAACACCCUGGUCAAGUGUGCAAACCGAUCUGAAUCCGGGAACUGGGAGUCACUGUAUGAUGCAAAUGUCGAGGUGAAAUCCUCGGCGAAAGACUUAAUUGCAUCUUCUGGAGGGAUAAUAGGAUUUGUUUCCUGGGCCGAACGUCCUGUCCUAUGGAGAUAUGCCGUGAGCAUGCGCCAAGCGAAUAUAGCACGAUCGUCACCUAAGAAACAUAGUUAGCGUUAUCUGGCGUCAGUUGUGGA